ACUCAAUCCUCACUGAGUGGCAGCGAGCCACACCAGGGGGCGGCCGCUGCUGUACGCUGGGCAACGGCUUCUUUUUGACACCUGGGCGGCAGCACCAAUUGAAUUUUCGAACAUCUGGUCAGUUAGCCAAUCACUUCUCCCUAUCUGUGGGCCCGCCCUGUAAGUCUGGUGCUCAACUCACCCCUGCCGAGCUCCUAUUGGUCGCAACAGACAUCAGUCCGCUGCUAUGCCCUCCCAAUACGGAAGCUGUGGGAUCCCAGAGAUCCGAAAACCGGUGGGGUCCAACCAUGGUGGAGCCCUGGGUAGUUCGGGACGCAGAAGGAGCGCCCGCGCGGAUGCCACUGGUGCUCACCGCGCUGUGGGCCGCUGUCGUGGUCCUGGAGCUAGCCUACGUGAUGGUGCUGGGUCCUGGGCCACCCCCGCUGGGACCACUGGCCCGGGCCUUGCAACUGGCGCUGGCUGCUUAUCAGCUGCUCAAUCUACUGGGCAACGUGGGGCUCUUCCUGCGCUCGGAUCCCAGCAUUCGGGGAGUGAUGCUCGCUGGCCGCAGCCUGGGCCAGGGCUGGGCUUACUGUUACCAGUGCCAAAGCCAGGUGCCACCGCGUAGUGGGCACUGCUCUGCCUGCCGUGUGUGCAUCCUACGUCGUGACCAUCACUGUCGCCUAUUGGGCCGUUGUGUGGGCUUCCAUAAUUACCGGCCCUUCUUGUGCCUCCUGCUUCACGCUGCUGGUGUCCUGCUCCACGUCUCAGUGCUGCUAAGCCCCGCCCUGUCAGCUUUGCUGCAGGCCCACUCAGCCCUCUACACGGUGGCUCUACUGCUGUUGCCCUGGCUCAUGCUACUCACAGGGAAAGUGUCUCUGGCCCAGUUCGCCCUGGCCUUUGUGGUGGACACAUGUGUGGCAGGUGCGCUGUUGUGCGGUGCUGGGCUGCUUUUCCAUGGGAUGCUGCUGCUUCGGGGCCAGACCACCUGGGAGUGGGCUCGGGGUCGCCACUCCUAUGACCUGGGCACCUGCCACAACCUGCAGGCAGCCCUGGGGCCUCGCUGGGCCCUAGUCUGGUUCUGGCCUUUUCUAGCCUCUCCUUUGCCUGGAGAUGGGAUCACUUUCCAGACUCCAACUGAUGUGGGUCUUAUGACUUCCUGAGUGCAGGUAGAGUCAGAACUGAACAGGGCAGAAGGGAGCAGAGGAUCGAACUGAGAACUUGUUUUUGAUUUAUGCCAGCCACAGGAGGGAGGCCAGAUUUCCCCUUCAUGUGUAUCGUGGGCAGCACUAGCUCCUUCAUUGAACCUGCCUGAUGUGGGCUCAUCCAUCUCUAUAGUCGGCCCUUUUAGCAGAGGAGAGUCCAGCAAGGGGGGCUACUUGGCCUGCCUGCCUGACCCUCUACAGGGUGGUAAAGUGCCUCCGCCGUCCUUGCUGGGUUCCUGUCCCUCACCUUGCUGUUUUGGUUGCUGUUUCCCAGUUCCCCCAUCAGGCCUGAGAUCCCAGUGGGCCAGGGCUCUGCCUCCUCUGGCCCUGGCAGGGUGUGGUGGGAUCCAGGCAAGGACAAUCCGCAUAUGCUCUAGAGAUUAACACUCCAUAGAAACAUGUCUGAUGCAGGGGCUUGGAGGAAGCUUUGUAGCUCACCUGUAGACGGGACCACAGUUAGGAUCUUUGUCCUGUAAGAAACAGGAAAGCCCUGCUAGACCAUGUGACAAGAUUGUGGGGUAGAAAGGUAGACCUUACCAGCCUCAGACUUAAGGAAAUCCACCCGCUUCUCCUUUCUGAGUGCUAGGAUUAAAGACAUUUGCCACCAUGACUGGCCUAAGAGGUUAGAUUUGAACCCAGGUCUUUGAAUCUGCUUUACUUCUGCAGAGCUGAAGUGAGAAAGGGAACAGCAGGGCCAAAAUAACUAGCUUCCAAGCGUUCCAGAGUUCCUGAAGGGCGAUUUUAAUGUGUGUGCGCGUGCGUGCGUGUGUGUGUGUGCAUGCGUGAGAGAGAGUGAGCAUGGCUGUGUGCAUGCGUGUGUGCGUGUGUGCAUGCGUGUGUGUGCAUGUGUGUGCAUGCAUGUGUGUGUGUGCAUGCGUGAGAGUGAGCAUGGCUGUGUGCAUGCAUGGGCAUGGAGACAAGAAGAGGGCAUAUUGUUUCUGAGAUGUGUCCAAAUGACUGCAUUUAGUGGUAUGGUCCUCUCCUUCUCUUCCACAUGGAAAUCUGAAUAUACCAUAACCAAACAUUUUCUGUUUUCUUCCACUCAUCAUUUUCCUACCCCACUCCCACCCCCACCCCAUGUACACUCCCCCCCCUACUUAGUAGGAGUCACACCCUAGGAGCCCUUGCUCUUCCAUAUCAAUCUGAGAAUCAGUUCUUCAGAUUUCACCAAUGAAAACCCACCUUGAAAUAAGUGGAAUUCAAUGGACUGUAUGUUAGCUUGGGGAAAAAGCAACAUCUAUGUGAGAUUGACUUUUCAGGUCAAUGAAUAUUUUUAUUUUUUGAGACAGGGCCUCAAUUUGUAGCUCUGUAGCUGUGGUUAGCCUAGAAAUUACUAUUUAGACAGGCUGGCCUCAAACUCAAGAGAUUAAAUAUGUACACCACCAUGCCAGCUUUAAAUAUUUUCAAUAAAGCUUUUUUUUUCUGACAAA